AUGGCUAGGAAGUUAGAUAAUCCUGAAUAUUGCCCUAUAGCUCCAGUUCUUCCAUCAUAUAAGUCAAAGGUAAUUGACGAAUUUCAGGAUCUUUUCGAUUCAAUGCCCAUUACUACUGAUAUCGCCAUUUCAAAAUUCAGUAAUGAGGUUUGUGAAAAGAGUUCUUGCAAUAGCAUGGUUGAAAAAUCCGUAACAGAUUUGCCACAAUUGUCCUCUAUAGUAUUGGCUCAAGAUCAAUCAAAUAAUUCUGAGCAAUUCUCAAGCAUUACUAAAACUAAGAUUGAGAUACCUAAAUCCUUAAUUUCCCUAUCUUCAGAAUUCCUUAUUAGAAAUGAAUCUGAUAUAGAUACUCUUAUCUUUUAUUUACAAGAAAAAUUCCAAAUAUUGAAAGAAAAAUUGGAACAAUGGAGAGCCAAGAUUGCUUUUGAAAUGCGGGAUAACCAUAAUUAUUGGAAAAAAGAGCGCAAGAGCAUGGAUGAGGUCACUUUCUUGGAAUAUAAACGCAACUUCGAAGCCAAAAUGAAAGUUCCUACUACUCCGCACAAAAAAGAAUUGAAAAAUAAAUCUUUAGCAAUCAUUGAAUACGUAUAA